CAGGCACCAAGGCAGCUCAAAUGGAUGGCCUUCGUAUCUCUUCAAGGGGCCCGUACACGCGAACCCACAGGCAGUUCAUGGCCUCUGGAGUCUCCAGUUAUGCUCUCGGUAAGACUCACUAUGUGGAGCUUGCGGAGGAAAGAGACGAGGAGGAUGAGAAGUGGCAGAAAGAUUUGAAACCUGUCAGCGGAGAUGAUGAGGAGAAGUUGGACAACCUGUUCUUCAAAGCCCAGGAGCGAGCUGGAAACUUGAUGGCAUUCUUUGAAGUGACCGUGCUGCUGUCUCCCGACCAAGCGCUUGGGAUGCAUAUUGCAGAUGUUCCUGCGACUCCCUCGGCAGCCUCUCAGAUCCCUUUAUCCACACAAGUGACCAAGAUCGAGCCACAUGGGCUGCUUCAAACUUGGACCGACCACCCGCACGAGUUGACUUUGGAUGAAACUGUGGUUCUACGACUUGCCAGCGUUGAAGACAAGAAAGGUCUUGAUGGAGUGAUAUAUUUGAAGAACAUCCUGCAGAGCUUCAAUUCGCAGUCAGGUGAUCGAGGGGCAAGAAAGUUAAAGCUCACCUUUUGCAGAGAGGCAAGGUUCAAGUUCAACUUCAAACAGCGCGAGUGCGACGGGACAGCUUUGCACGUUGCAGCAGCCCACAAGAAUGGUGAGGGGUUGCUGGGACGGCUGCUUGACGAAAGAGCCGAUCCACAGCAGGAGUUCUUCUACAGCUCCCGAGGUGAUCCCGGCUCCGCUCAGGCAAUACAUUUAUGUGCAGCUCGUGGACUAAAUCGUCACAUCCAAAUUCUGUUGGACUACGGCGCCAGUGUCCACGCAGUGAGCAAGGUCAACGGCAAGGAUAAUUUUACCGCGUUGCAUGAGGCUGCUUCGUAUGGCUUGAACUCGACAGCUGGCUUUCUUUUGAAAUCCAGAGCGGAUCCAAACGCGGUGAAUUUCAAGAAGCAUACGCCACUCCAUUGUGCAGCUCGACAAGGCGACACAAGGCUGUGUUGCUUGCUGAAGUAUGCCGGGGCAGACUUGAAGGCAAGGGAUGCAAAUGGAGCCACACCUGUCAUAUUUGCAGUCGAGCGUGGCCGCUUCAGAUUCGACAAGCUGUUCGUCCUCAUGGAGAGAUCUUUCGAAGACUUGCUCGUGGUCAGUCAGUUGUGCGCCAGUGUAGGGUCUGAAGUGAUGAGAGACAACAGCACCAACAAAGUUCAUCCCGAGUGGAGGGAGGCAUUUGUGAAGGAAGCCAAAGAAUUCCCUGUCUGGGCCACCGACCACUGGAUGGAGAUUAUGAACAACUCGCCUGGUGCUGGUGAGGACAUUUUGGAUGUGCUAAGUGUUCGCCCAGAAGCGCAGAAUGACACCUACAAUCCCAUUCCAAGGCGAGCACGGCUUCCGUCACAUUCUCCGAUUCUGUGCUGCUACGAAGAGAAGUCUGUGUGGGACUGGAGCCCGAGCUGGAACGAGUUUCCCAAGUGGCAGUCCGAACUUUGCCCUGGCGUCAAGAGUGGUUUCCUGGCGAACCAUAGAUCAUCACGCACAGGUGCGUUUGAGACACUGGCUGGUUGCUUCCGGUGGAAAUCAGGAAGUUCCUUCCAAGGCCAGAAUCUGUCCCAAUCAUCUGUUCAACAGACCGGGCGCAUGAGACAGGAGGAUCGGAGCUAG